AUGAAACAUGCCUCAUUGGCAGCUGAUCGAAUUUUUAAACUUUUAGAUCGAAAGUCUAAAAUACCUGUCAGUGAAGGUGAAUUUAGACAAGCCUCAUUUCGUUAUCCAUCUCGGCCAGAAUCUUGUAUUUUAAAGAACUUCUCACAUACAUUUGAACCUGGUCGAAAGACAGCUAUGGUAGGACUUUCAGGAUCUGAAAUUCAGAUAUCUUCCAAAAUGUUUCGAGUUACCAAAGCCUCUCACAAUCAAAGUUUACCUGUUUAUCCUAUGGAUGAGUUGGUAAAAGCACGUAGUGAGUUUAGAUAUCGGUGGAGAAGACGAAUGACCGAAAAUCCCUUGGCCAGAUUAAUCAUUACUGAUCAUUACAGAUAUCCGCCUAAUAUAAUCUUGAAAAACUGGGAGAAAUAUCCGUUUGAUGAGACUGGUGAUGAGUCAGACAAGCGUCAGUUCCUUUCAACUAUGAGUGAUAAAAUGAGAAAUAGAAUAAUAAUGUUGAAGUCACAAGCUCAUAUACCUUCUGAAAUUUAUGAUAAUAUGAUAUCUGAGGAAGAUUUUCAGCAUGUUUGUUCACUACUAUCAAAUGAGGUGUGCAUCACAGAGAACUAUUUUCAAUCGAUAAGUCAAAAUCAAUGCAUUUCAGCAUGUUAUUUUAUAUGUGAUAAUUGUGAUUUUCUUGGGACCAAUGAAGACGCAGUGGAACACUUGAAACAAACAAGUCAUUCAACCUGUAGUAAAUACACACCAAUUUAUUAUGUCGAUAACUCUGAUACUGCAAAACCUUGUGAACUGAAAGAACCACGGGUCAUCACUUAUCAACCUGAUAGGAUUUAUGGUUGGAGUAUUGGUGAUUCAGUGAUAUGUUGUCCUACGUGCAAAUUGACAUUCCCAGAUAAGUUAAUGUGUGCCUAUCACCAUGAAUUGCAACAUCCUCAAGGUGAACCGCUUUACACCUAUGGGAAGGUUUUGAUUGUACGAGGGCUGACCAUUCAUCGCUCACUAAUAUGCUCAAAUUGUCAAAUUGGAUUUUCUACAAUCGAAGGCUUUACACAACAUUGUAUAGACUCUACACAAUGUGAUUCAUCCUUUUUUUCCUCUUUAUUAUUCCACUGUCAAACGUCGUUACCGAGUUCACAUUCUGUCAUCAUUUUAUCUGUAUUGUGCAAAUUUUGUGAGCGUAGUUUUUCUACAGUCUUAACACCUGAGGCUUGGUUCACUGCUCAAUCGACUAGCAGUAGUAGAAAGCGUAAACAUCCACCAGAACAACAACAAGAAGAAGAAUGGAACACUGAGAAUUACUCUAAAACGGAUUAUCAAUCAUCAUCAUCUUCAUCAGUUUCUUGUGCCAAAGACUUUUCUCGUUUCUGUCUAAGUCAUGCUUUUCAGCAUAUUGAUCGAGAAAAUCUUCAAUCUUGUCAUCUAAGCCUACGUGUUAUCGAUAUUUCAAAGUCUGUUGAAUGUCGUCGUCUACCGCCUAUUCAUGGAAUAAGUCAUUCAACGACGACUGUAUUACUUUUUUCUCUAUACGAAUGUAAACGUCUUGUUUUAUAUCUUAAAAAGUAUUAUGGAGGUUCAUUCUAUUUGUUGAAAGAUGCUGAAAAGCAUUUAAAAGAUUUACUUGCACAGGCUGCAUUGAUUCUCUCUCCUUAUUUUCUCUAUAAUAAUAUUUUUUCCUAACUUUUUUGUUUACUACGUUUAAGC